AUCCCAUAAUAACUUAGCAUAUACUACCCUCAUUUUCUGAGACAGAAUUGUAGCCAUGUAUCCCUCUUUGAGGAGAGGUGUUGUUGCUUCUAUUUCCCUCUGUUUCCUUUCACUAUUUUCCUUCUCAGCCUUUGCACGACCAGCCACUUUUCUUCAAGACUUCCAAGUUACAUGGUCUGAUUCUCAUAUCAGGCAAAUCGAUGGAGGCAGGGCCAUCCAGCUCGUUCUUGACCAAAAUUCUGGUUGUGGCUUUGCCUCCAAACACAAGUACUUGUUUGGCCGUGUGAGCAUGAAGAUCAAGCUCAUUCCUGGUGACUCUGCCGGAACAGUCACCGCUUUCUAUAUGAACUCGGACACAGAUACAAUUCGUGAUGAGCUUGAUUUUGAGUUCUUGGGGAACAGAACCGGACAGCCUUACACAGUCCAGACCAACAUCUAUGCUCAUGGACAGGGUAAUAGGGAGGAAAGAGUAAACCUCUGGUUUGACCCUGCUGCAGAUUUCCACACUUACACAAUUCUCUGGAACCAUCGCCAGAUUGUCUUCUAUGUGGAUGACGUGCCUAUAAGGCUGUACAAGAAUAAUGAAGCCAAAGGAAUCCCAUACCCAAAGCUCCAACCAAUGGGGGUGUUCUCAACAUUGUGGGAAGCUGAUGAUUGGGCAACAAGAGGAGGGCUUGAGAAGAUAAAUUGGAGCAAAGCGCCCUUCUAUGCUUAUUACAAGGAUUUUGAUAUUGAAGGAUGCUCUGUGCCAGGACCAGCCAAUUGUGCCUCAAACGCUCGAAACUGGUGGGAAGGCUCUGCAUACCAAGCACUCAAUGCCCUAGAGUAUAGAAGAUACAAGUGGGUUCGUAUGAACCACAUGAUAUACGAUUACUGCUCCGACAGGUCCCGGUUCCCGAGAAUUCCACCGGAGUGUAUCGCCGGCCUCUAAAAUUGAGCCAUUUACGGAUCACCAACCUAUUCAUACUGAUUCCGGGUGAAGAGGUCCAGAAUACUACAUGUGGGAUUCUAUUUUCUAAACAUGUACGUUUGUUCGUGUGAAUUAAAGAGUCGAUGCUUAAGCAACGUAAGGUGUUUUUAAAUUUUACAGAAGUAUGGAAUAAGAGCCAUGCAUAGUAAAAGGGUGUAUAGGGGAAUAUGGAAACUGUUGUUGUUAUUGUGUAUAUGUGGAUGAAGUCAAGAAGAAGGUCUGAUGUACAAGUGAGCAAAUGUCAAUUCCUACUUGUGUCUGUACCCAGCUCCCAUUAUUGUACCAAUAAAGCUCCCCUGCGUUAUUGUGAAAAGGAUAUAGUUUUGAACUCUAUUAUCAUUUUUCAAAUGA